AUCGGUUACACUUAUAAAUAAAAUUUAUGUAAUUAAUAUAUUGUUAUUUUAAUUUUGUAUACACAAUACGAAGAUUUUUGCGAAGAUUUCGUCAUUAUUGUUUUAAAAACAAUGGAAAGAAUUACGUUUAGGAAAAAAUCCUUAAACAGACAAUCAGAUCGUGUAGACAGAUUUGUGCACACACGAGAGUCAGUCAGUGAUCCCAGGAGGCGACGGUCACUGCCUGACUGUCAGGCGGUUGAUGGUGAUGCUUGGAUCACAAAAUACAAACACCAAAAGAGCUACGGUGACAGUCUAGACCGUGCCUUCGGUGUGGAACAGGAGAGCGACAAAUAUGUGGUGCAGCCCUGGCCCUGCGUGCCGAGGAAGAAGAGCUACCUCACCCCUGCGGACAGCAUACUGGACCUGCCGGAAUAUAGCUAUGCUGAUUCAGUUGCAGAAAUACUUGACUGGAGCAGUGAUAACAUCUUGGUGGCUGCUCUGGGCAGGAACUAUCAUAAGUGGAGUUGGGGAAGCCAAAACCUGACGGGACAAGGGUUUGCUAUGCAAGAAAUUAUGUCCUGCAAGUUUGACCCAAGAGGAGAACUGUUAAUGCUAGGUACAGACAAGGAGACAGUCGAGAUCCACGACAACGCGAACAGCAAAUGUAUUGCCAAGAGCAGAUGUUUCUGCAACCUGCCGCAGCCCGAGCUAUGCGCUGUCAUAGCUGUGGACUGGAGCCCCACGGGAAACUCAUAUGUCACCGGCUGCACGGGCGGUAUGGUCGCGUCCUUCACGCGCACUUGCAACUACAUAAGCUUAGCGCGUCACGUCAGGAAGCCGAUCUUCUCCGUACGCAUCUCACCCGACGCUCGCUUCGUUGCCGUCACCACGAUAAAUAGCACACAGGUCAUGCUGUUGUCUUGGCCGUACUUGGAUCUGAUCAGCUGCUUGGAUUUUAAUAAGGCAUAUACUAAUUUGGUAACCGCGUGGCACCCAUGGCGAAGUGCGCUCCUCGGCAUAGGCGCUGUGACAUCAGAGUAUGAAACCAAGGUGGUCAUGUGCGAAGCGCCCACGGGUAAGGUCAAGAAGUCGACCCUGGGAGGCAGUAAAUACUACCUGGAUGCUAUGCUGUUCAGUAGUAGAACUGGAGAACUCGUUUUGAGCUUGUUCAAUAUAGAACGAGGACUCCUCCAUCCAAAAACGAGUUCCCAAUUAGUAGUUCUAAGCAACCCUGAGACAGUAGUGGACCAGUGGUGUGACGACGGCAGGACCGGCCUCGACCGCGUUAGGACCAUGGUCUUCAGCCCGGACGGCACUAAACUUGCCACUGCAACAUCCGACGAGGAUCUAAUAAUCUGGAACUUUCUACCUGAAGAUAAAAAUAUAAAGAAAACUCAGCUGAGAAGGUUCUCCGCCAUUCCAGUGUACAUGGAUCAAGUGACACAGGGCUAUGCCCUACGGUGAUUGAAGGCACUGGCUUGUACUUCUUGUUAAUAAAUAUGUUUGUCAAAUUAA